GUUGCGCUUCCAUAACCAGACUCUUUAAAACUGCUGCUCCAUACACAACAUUAAUCUACUCACAGGAAUCUGGACUUUGGAAAUAACACGGUUACUUUGGCACCACUGUAUUUCGGCGUUUCCAUCCGUUUUUGUGGACUUACUUUCGCUUUGCUCUCAAGGAAACAUCAUGUUGCUCCUGUUAGUGGGAAUCGUCCUCAUGCACAUCGCAGCGCUCGUUCUGCUGUUCAUCUCCACUAUUGUCAGCGCAUGGGCUGUAAACUCAGCCAGCAGCUCGGACCUCUGGACAAACUGCACCACUUUGAGUGAAGGCGUUAAAUGUGAACCUGCAGAUUCUGGAGUUUGGAUUCAGGCGGUCCAAGCCCUCAUGAUCCUGUCCAUCGUCUUCAGCAUCCUGUCUCUGUUCCUGUUUUUCUGCCAGCUUUUCACGCUUAAGAAGGGAGGACGCUUCUUCCUCACUGGAGCCUUCCAGAUCUUGGCUAGUCUUUUCGUGAUGUGUGGAGCUAUCAUUUAUACGGUUAUGAACAGCGAAUGGGUCCAUUCUUCAUUGAAUUACGGCUAUUCCUACAUCCUGGCUUGGGUGGCCUUCCCUCUCGCAUUUAUAAGUGGUUUAAUCUACGUCAUUUUGAGAAAACGGGAGUGAGGUGGCGCCUGAAAUAAUGCUUUGAAGCCCAAGUAUCGCGCUGCAACCGCAGAAAAAUCAAAAUCCCGCAGUAUCUUCAUCACGGGGCGUCAAAAUCUACCCCACUGCCACCCCACAAAGACAUGCUCAAUACUGUCAUCAUCUGAAGAUGUAUAUAGUAUCUAUGGUUUAAAACCUAUUUAUAACACUUUUUACAUAUAUGUACAUAGUAUUUUAUGUUUGCUCGUUUGACAACGAACCUCUGAAAAGCUUUAAGUGCCUAGAGCGUGUGUUUGUCUCAGAAACGUGCCUCUUUAGCCAUAAUGUGUGUUUGUGACGUUUUCUUUCCUUAAACUGCCAAAAAAUACAUAUAAAAACGGUUUCUGAGGUAUUUUAACCAAAGUGCAUGUAUUCAAUUUUAGGGAAAGUGACGUGUUUUCAGUGAAGCUGAGAAUUCAUAGAUGAAGAAUGAAGUAACCAUGUUUAGAAAAGCUGUUUUCCUAAUAAUUUCAACGCAUUUUUGUUUGUUUUUCUCUGUUUUCCAACAAAAAUGGUGCUAUGUAUUUACCAUUCCUUUGACUAGCCAUUCAGCCUUGAUUUAGAUGAUAGGCUAACACGGCUGAAAGUCCAAAUUAGAACACCUUUGAAUAGAUAAAAAUAUGUUGUGCUUGUGCCUAAUUGAUGCUGUACAUACAGUACUUACCAAAAGUUUCAUUUUUUAAUAAACAAACAAAACAUGUUUUGAGUAACACGUUUAGUUUCGGGGACGAGAGAUUAGGGACUAUAGUGCCGAUUCAUUUUAGUGGAGUUUCUGAAGUUACUUUAAGAGCAGUAUUAACAGCACGAUUGGAGAAAAGAAGUAAUGAUUCAGCGUAAUAGACGCUGAUUGUGUCGCAAUGGAAACGUGAAAAUGUGAAGCGUAUUGUGAAGAUGGUGAGUUCAUUUGUUAGCCAUGUGCUGGCAUCACAAUCAGGGCAUUACGUCAUUUUAUUCUCGAGGAGGAGACGCUGCAUAUUUACGGCAGACUUUAACAAUAAAAAUAUCAAAAUAUAGAUGUAUAGCCCCUCUCUUUUCCAAUACUUGAAAUAUAACUUGCUUCAAUAUUUACCAUCCUGGGAUGCUCCGUUUCCCCUCUACAACUUACAGUCAUUUACAACGUAGGCCUACUGUAUAUGUGAUUGUAUUCAAAUCAACUUAUUACUUAUCAAUUUAAACAUGUAAAGGCCCUGAACUGAGGACCAUGUAUUAGAUGUUUAUUAAAUGGCUUUACCUGCAACACUGAAAUAAAUUGUUUUGUUAUGAUGAAUUGAUUAUGUUACCUUCAUAGUUGAAAUUGAUACAGUGUUGGUCAAUGAAUGUCUAAAUAUAUCACCAAUCUGUCUGUUUAGCUUGUAUCCAUUCAUAAAAAAAUGGCAAAUUUUGUGCAUUUAGCUUUUAAUUAGGGCCGCAUACUUAAGGUACAAAUGAACAUUUUACUAAUACUAACAUGUUAAGUGUCUAAUAGGGUAGAUAAGAUACAUAGAUACUGUAUGUUUCCAACUGGUUUUAAAGGGUGCAGUCUAAGAACCUCAAGCUAAAGGUAUAUCUUAUUUGCCAAGUUUUUUUUUCUGACAGCGCAAAAUUAUUUAUUUUAAUUCAUUUCUUUGUCUAUGUCUGUGAAUGCAUUUAGUGAUUUACAAUCACCUUUAAAUGUUCUUACAUAAUCAUUGUUUGGGCUAUUCUGACAUGGGACCAGCACUCAGAAAAUGCUGCAUGUGCUCUAUUCCCAGCAUAGAAAUAAACUACAAAUAUACAAACAUUACUUGAUUUUUUCACUAAAACCCUCUAAUAAAUAAAGUGUUGUACUAAAUAGACAACUCAAGGGUUUCAAACAUUGUAAUAUUUGUAUUUGCUCGUUCUAAAAACAUCUGUGAAGGAAACUCAUACUGUACCGUGUAUGGAGUCUGAAGGAGUGUGACCUCUGAUGAAGACUGUUUAAUUUAGUCUGUGCCUCUGAUUUACUUCUAUUGUAACAGCUUGUGUUUGUGUGUUCAUUAAAACUAUUAAAAGACA